UGCCACCGCCUACUUCCCUUCCCACGGUCACUAGUUCGUGUCAUGGCUGCCGUCACCGCUCUGGAGGCGGUGGCGCCUAAGGGCGCCCUGUGGGGCCUCGUGCACGAUUUUGUCGUGGGUCAGCAGGAGGGCCCCGCUGACCGGGUGGCUGCAGAAGUGAAAUCUGGUAGCUAUACAGUGUUGCAAGUGGUGGAAGCCCUUGGGUCCUCUCUGGAGAAUCCAGAACCCCGAACUCGGGCACGAGGAAUCCAGCUUUUGUCACAGGUGCUACUCCAGUGUCACUCCUUGCUACUGGAGAAGGAAGUGGUGCACCUGAUCCUAUUCUGUGAGAACCGUCUGAAGGACCAUCAUCUUGUGAUCCCACCUGUCCUGCAGGGUUUGAGGGCACUUAGCCUGUGUGUGGCCCUGCCCCCAGGGCUGGCUGUCUCUGUUCUUAAAGCCAUCUUCCAGGAGGUACACGUACAGUCCCUGCCACAGGUGGACCGACACACAGUCUAUAGUAUAAUCACCAAUUUCAUGCGAACCCGGGAGGAAGAGUUGAAAGGCCUAGGAGCUGAUUUCACCUUUGGCUUCAUCCAGGUGAUGGAUGGGGAAAAGGAUCCUCGAAAUCUUCUGGUGGCCUUCCACAUUGUCCAUGACCUCAUCUCCAAGGACUAUAGCCUGGGCCCCUUUGUGGAGGAGUUGUUUGAAGUGACAUCUUGUUAUUUUCCUAUUGAUUUUACUCCUCCACCUAAUGAUCCCCAUGGUAUCCAGAGAGAAGAUCUGAUCCUGAGUCUUCGAGCUGUGCUGGCUUCUACACCACGAUUUGCUGAGUUUCUGCUGCCCCUGCUGAUUGAGAAAGUGGAUUCUGAAAUGCUGAGUGCCAAGCUGGAUUCUCUGCAACUCUGUCCCCUUGCCCCCUACCCUGGUAACCUGUACACUGCUUGCUGUGCUGUAUACGGACAGAAGGAAUUAAAGGACUUCCUCCCCAGCCUUUGGACUUCUAUCCGCAGAGAGGGCCAAGGGUGUUCCAGACGUGCAAGUGGAGCGGGGGUGGAGGCAGAGGGCCUGAUGGCCCUCCACUCCCUGACUGCGUGUUUGUCUCGCUCUGUGCUGAGGGCUGAUGCUGAGGACCUCCUUGACACCUUCCUUAGCAACAUCAUACAGGACUGCAGGCACCAUCUGUGUGAACCGGACAUGAAACUGGUAUGGCCUAGUGCCAAGCUGUUGCAGGCAGCUGCAGGUGCAUCUGCCCGGGCCUGUGACCACAUCACCAGCAACGUACUACCCUUGCUGCUGGAACAGUUCCACAAGCACAGUCAGAGCAACCAGAGCGGACAAUCCUUGAAAUGAUUCCUGGGUUUCUUGAAGCUGCAGCAGAAAUGGGGCUAUGAUGACAAAGAUGAAAGGCCUCUGAGUGGCUUUCAUCAGGACCAGCUGUGCUCACUGGUGUUCAUGGCCCUGACAGACCCCAGCACCCAGCUUCAGCUCGUUGGCAUCCGAACACUCACAGUCCUUGGGUGCUCAAUUCUCUUAUCUUCUGGGGACCUGGAGCUGGCAGUGGGUCACCUAUACAGACUGAGCUUCCUGGAGGAAGAUUCCCAGAGUUGGGUGGCAGCAAUGGAAGCAUCAGGAACUUUGGCCACUCUACCUGUGGCCUUCAGCAGCCACCUAGUACCCAAGCUGGCUGAGGAGCUGCAUGUAGGGAAAUCAGAUUUGGCUAGGGAUGGGCCCACCAAACGCUCACGGCACCGCACUGUCUGCAAGCCUUGUCAGCUGUGUCCAACACACCCCAGCAUUGUGAAGGAGACCCUGCCUCUACUGCUGCGGCAUCUCUGGCAGAUGAACAAAGGGAUUAUAACUAAAGGAUCCAGUGAAGUUAUUGCUGUCUGUCAUAGCCUCCAGCAGGUGGCAGAAAAAUGCCAGCAGGACCCUGAGAGCUGCUGGUAUUUCCAUCAGACAGCUGUACCUUGCCUGCUUGCUUUGAUGAUACAGGCUUCCAUGCCAGCGAAGGAACCUUCAGUUCUGAGAAAAGUGCUGUUGGAGGAUGAGGUCUUGGCUGCCAUGGUAUAUGUCAUUGGCACUGCCACCACCCACCUGAGCCCUGACUUAGCUGCCCAGAGUGCUGCCCGCAUUGUGCCCCUCUUCCUGGAUGGAACAUCUCCUUUCUGCCUGAAACAAGCCUUCCCAUGCAGAUUCAGCCAAUUCCAGGAUGGCUCCUCAGGGCAGAGACGGCUAGUUGCACUACUCAUGGCUUUUGUCUGCUCCCUGCCACGAAAUGUGGAAAUCCCUCAGCUUAACCAACUCAUGCAGGAGCUUCUAGAGCUGAGCUGCUGCCACAGCUGCCCCUUCUCCUCCACUGCUGCUGCCAAGUGCUUUGCAGGACUCCUCAACAAGCACCCUGCAGGCUCCCAACUGAAUGAAUUCCUACAGCUGGCUAUGGACAAAGUGGAGGCUGGCCUGGCUCUGGGACACCGCAUUCAGGCCUUCACAUUGCUUCUCUGGGUAACAAAGGCCCUGGUGCUGAGAUACCAUCCUCUCAGCUCUGCCUUACAGACCGGGUAACUCAUGGGCCUCCUGAGUGAUCCUGAAUUAGGCCAGAGUCAGUAGCUGAUUGGCUUCUCUCUGCUCAUCGACUGUCCUGAUGUGUUGACUCGUGCUGGCCAUGCUGAAGUGCGGAUCAUGUUCCGCCAGCGGUUCUUUCACAGAUAACGUGCCUCUGCCAUUGGUCCAGGGCUCCAUGCUGCUCCCCAAGACAUGAUGUGAAAGCCCAAUUAUCUAAAGGGUCUAUCUCAUGUAUUCAGGCUGCCCAAGCCUGUGCUCUUGCCAGAGCUGCCCACACUUCUCUCCUUACUGCUGGAGGCCCUGUCCUGCUCUGACUGUGUGGUACAAGCUUUCCACCCUUGGCUGCCUUCAGCUCUUCUACUGGAAGCACAAGUCAUGAGUCUUCACGUUGACACCCUCGUCACCAAGUUCCACCUCAUCUCUAGCCCUUCCAUGGCAGUCCGGAUCGCUGCACUGCAGUGUAUGCAUGCCCUCACUCACCUGCCCACCCCUGUGCUGCUGCCAUAUAAACCACAGGUGAUCCGGGCCUUAGCCAAGCCCCUUGAUGACAAGAAGAGACUGGUGCGUAAGGAAGCAGUGUCAGCCAGAGGAGAGUGGUUUCUGCUGGGGAGCCCUGGCAGCUGAGCCCUUGGCCCCGGCCUUGACUAUUCUGACAAUCUAAUCUGGAAUUACUAUGGAGCCAUCUUCCCCAGGGCAAGGAGGCCACUGGCCUCUGACUGCCUCUCCCACAGACACAGCACAAAUGCUGAACUUCUGUUGCAUGGCUAUGCAAGCAGCAUAGGAAUCCUGGUUUCUAAUGGAUUUGUGAAGUAACUUGAGUAUGAGACUACUUGUGUUUGAAGAAAGAUCUUGGUUGUGGGCUCUUCCAUUUUUGGGUCAGCAAAAGGGAGAUACACUGCUCAGGAGUGAAGGCAGAUGAGUGUGGCCCUGAGGACCAGGACAGUGGAUUUGUGUGUACCUGCGUGAGAAUAAAGAUUUCUUUUGGUAAUAGGGCUGAUUGUCAGAUAGUUCCCCACUCCACUCAUGCUUCAUUAGCACGUAACCAGGAGUCACUAAGUUAAAGGAACAGUAACAACAUGGAAGAGCAAAGGAUUCAUCAGGAUAUGUAGCCCCUACAAAUAGGGCACAGGUGGCAUGGUCCAAACACCCAGUCACUAUACCUUGACCCUGACUUUCCCCUUCCCUACUCUAAAAUAGAGGUAAAGAAUGAGAAGCUACAUUCCUUUAAAAAUCCAAUACCUUUAUUUUUGCUCCAUUUAGCAGCAUGUGAGAAGUGGCAGUGACCUCAGCAGCAGGCCUAGAAUCUUUGCGCUGUUGAGAAGCCAGGAUCUCAGCUGAACCAUUCGGGUGCUUUCUCAGACAGCAAGUAGAAAAGGGGGUGGCUAACCCGUGCUGUAACCUGGAGAAUGUCAGGGUCAGCACUGGGCAGGGUCACUAGCUACCUGACACCCCACCUGAGGCUGGAACUGCUGUUUGCCUGAGUAAAGGGACGACAGUCCUAGGAUGUCCACACAUCAUUCCUUGCUUCUGUAGUAGCCAGAAGGAUAGUUCUUGAGUUGUCCCAGCAUGGUAUCCUAAAGCAGGUCCCAUGUCUCUUUUAGCUCAAGGAUCCCAAGAAAGGCUGCCCUUGGAAGCUCUUAAGACAGUGUAGGAAACAGAAUGAAUGUUCGAGGCUGACACAACUAAAUUCAAACUGCCAUCACAGAGGUGGAGUGAGCAGUCACCCAGGGAGGGGGGUCCCAACUCAUUCCAUUCCCAUGGGGCAGGUGACUGGAAGGUAACAGCACCCGUGUAAGCCAAUGCCUGCAAGAGAAGACAGACGUAUCUCUGAGUUCCAAGAGUUCUUGGUUUUCCUUCCUAAUCCUCAUCCCUCAGCAAAGAUACAUCAAAGUAUCCUGAAGCUAUUUUGGCACCAGUCACAAAGGUAACAAAGUUACAAUUACUUCUACGUAAUUUUUGUCCAAUAAAUGCACCCUUGAAGGCCUUUAGAGGUUUCAAAUUAAACUUCUAAAAGGCUACUGCAAGCACAGUGAUUUUAACAAGGUUGGGAGUGGGUGUGGGGACAGUACUUAUGGUUACCUAAUGAUCACCUGAUUGUUACUGCUUUAGUAGUUCCAGUUUCAAAAAAUUUCAUCCCUUGUGCUGCGGGAGCUAAUUUAGUUUCAUUUAUUGUAUUAUGACCUCUGUCACACAUAUAUUACUUCAAACCCACAAAUUUUUGAAUUCCAGACACUGGCACAUGAGAGAUGACUGUUGGCCACCAUAUCCUUCCUAGAAGUCCCUUCUUGAGAACAGCUUUCUCAGAAUUCUAUUCAUUUUAUUAUUAUUAUUAUUUUAAAUUUUUCAUUGUGGUAACGAGACAACAUAACAUGUCCUAUUUUAACCACUUUGACCUAUAUAAUUCAGUGGUGUUAAUUACAUUUAUAAUGUUGUGUUACCAUCUAUUCUAGUCAUCUUUUAAGCCGUAUCAGCUAUUAAACUGCAUAGGUUUUUGGUCUUAAGCCCCUUUUGCUCAAAUGAGCAGUAAUCUUGAUACCUAGAGUCUGGAACUGUGCUGGCCAAUAUGAGGGCCACUAGCCACAGGUGGCUGUUUAAGUAAAAUGAAAUAAAAUUACAAAUUUGGGCAUACUAGCCCCAUUUCAAGGCACCCACAUGUGGUUAGUGACUAGUAGAUUGGACAGCACAGAUAAUAUUUUCCUCAUCACAGUUCUACUGGACAGCACUGUUCUAGAUGUUUUACUUUACCUUCCUGUGUCCACACCCAGGAAUACCUUCCAGUUGUCCAAGCAGCCAUAGUUGUAUGGAUUUCUAAAUACCUAGAGCCAAGAAGAACACAUUUUUAAGGAGCCUCUUUCACUUAAUCCCCUUAAAAUUUCUAAGCCUAAAUUGGCUAAGCUAAAGCUCAGCUAGGUAAGUUUCUGGCCUCAGUCAACAGGAUUGCAGGUUCAGUUAACCACCCAUCCCCCGCCCCCAAGCCCUCAGCACUACUCACUCUGCCCUUGGCCUGCAGCCGACAUCUCUCUCUUUGUUGAUGUGCCUUUCGAUGCUAGUCUCACCUCGACUGAUGAGAACAGCAUGCCAUACAGUUAGGGCACCCAGGGCAAGUGCCACAGAACUAAGAAAAGAGGGCAGAGAUUGGUGGGUGGCUUAGAGGGGUCUGGAGGGAACAGGAGGGAACUGAUCUGAGCAAUUAUGAUGGGCUAAGAACCUCUCUAAGAAUUCCAGAUCCCCCAACUUGUAUCCUAGAUUAACUUUUACUUAACUAUGUCUAUAAAAAGCACUGAUGUGGGCUAAGAAUAAAUUAUGUGAAAAAGA